AUGGCUCGCUACCUUCUUGCUGCCGUUUCGCUGCUCGUCGCCCUCGCUGGCGCCACCAAUGGUCCGGAUGAGGAUGGCAAGUACACCAUCUCGGCCGAGGGUAUCCGCGCUCAAUUCAUUCCCUACGGUGCCAGCUUGACCAACCUGUUCAUCAAUGACACCAGUGGUACCGAGCGCGAUAUUGUACUGGGCUUCGAUAAUGCAACCUUCUACACCGAGGACACCGUGCAUCCUCACUAUGGCGGUGUGCCAGGCCGAUAUGCCAAUCGUAUCAAGAACUCGACCUUUGUAAUCGAUGGAGAGGAGUUCCAUGUUGAUCCAAAUGAAAACGGCGGUGCUGAUACUUUGCACGGAGGCUCCAAUGGCUGGGAUCACCGCAACUUCACCGUCGUAUCUUACACUUGCGACUCAAUCACAUUCUCUAUCGUCGAUCCUGAUGGCGAGCAAGGCUUCCCCGGCGAGGUCAUCUCUUACAUCACCUACACCGUCAAGCCUUACGAAUGGGACCUGAAGAUGGUCGCACUCGCAACGACAAAGAAGACUCCAAUCAUGCUAAGCUCCCACGUCUACUGGAAUCUCGACGGCUUCCAAAAUCCGGACACCACCAACACCGACAACCACACGCUCCACCUGCCCUACUCCGGUCAACGCGUCGGCGUCGACAACAUCCUCAUCCCCGACGGCACCAUCCUGCCCAACCAGCAAUACUCCGUCAACGACUUCUGGUCCAGCCCCAAACAACUCGGCGCAAACCUCACCUCCCCCGAUAUCCACGGCAACUGCGGCUUCAACUGCUCCGGCUACGACACCUGCUACCUCGUCAACCGCGCCCAGAACGGGCCCUACGACUGGCACACCGCACCCGUCGCCUCCCUCUACUCCGCCUUCUCCGGCAUCACCGUCGACGUCUACUCCGACCAAGACGCCUUCCAGAUCUACAGCUGCCCGGGCCAGUCCCAGGCCGGCAUCCCGCUCAAAAAGACCCAGGGUUUCACCGACGGCUCGCAGCCGCGCUGGGUCCAGGACUACGCCUGCGUCGUCAUGGAGGUCGAGGACUGGAUCGACGCCAUCAAUCAGCCCGAGUGGCAGCGCGACGCUAAGAAUAUCUUUGGGCCCGGCGACCCUGCCUACACGCUCGAGGCGGUGUACAAGUUCACGGUCGACGACGACGCGAAGAACUCUUAUUGA